AUGUGGAAUCACCAACAACUUCCUCUCCAACUGAAUACCUUUCUCCGUUCCCCGAAACUCGAGUACGGUUUCCUGUCGAAAAAAAACACAUUAAGUUGGUACAUACGUACGUACCUGUACACCGACAUCGCCUAUUUCGCCAACAACCCCCGACUCGGAGAGAAGCCAGCCUCGCCCCCCGUACCGGAAGCUUUUGAGAAUCAACGCCGGAUCCCUCGGCUCGUCGCGUCACAGGGUUCAACGGUUCGGAGAAGCAAUCAGGUCCCGGAAAUAUAUGACGCGAAACAGGGUCCGAUUUAUAUGCAUGUAUGUGUUCGUGUUCGUGUUCGUGGGCCGCCACUCAGAAACUCCCCCCCCCAACCCAAUGGAUUUGACAUGAGAAUGAACGAAACACUAGUUCCCUUGGGCGGCCCCGCGUCCGACAGAUUCGGACAGUAUGAUAUUGAGAUCACGGAUAUAGUGGAGUUGAAUCGACAAGCAGAUGGUAGAAGCGCCCUCGCGGAAGAAGCAGGUGCCUUUGGCUUGUAUAAUAAAGAAGGACAAGUAGGAGAGAUCGGCCCGAAUUCGUUCUAUUAUCGGUAUAUGGCUAACCUUCAACAGAGGGAGGGAGAAGCAUCACCUCAGCGUCUGUCCACUGGUUCAUUUAUUGGUGUGUUCUAG